AGUGCAUUUGUAGAAUUUGCCGCGAAAAGAAUAUAUAACCGAGAGAAAAAAAAAUGCUGACCAAACUGUUGAAGAUUAGCUGCACUUCGAGGCAGUGCACCUUUGCCAAGCCCUUUCAAGCGAUUCCCGGACCACGAGGACCUCUGGGCAUGGGCAACCUCUACAACUACUUGCCCGGAAUCGGAUCGUAUUCCUGGCUGAAGUUGCACCAAGCCGGACAGGAUAAGUACGAGAAAUAUGGUGCAAUCGUCAGGGAGACCAUCGUGCCCGGCCAGGAUAUAGUAUGGCUUUACGAUCCCCGGGACAUCGCAUCGCUGCUCAACGAGCGGGAUUGCCCGCAGCGAAGGAGUCACCUUGCAUUGGCCCAGUAUCGUAAAAAUCGACCGGAUGUCUACAAGACCACCGGCUUGCUGCCCACCAAUGGUCCCGAAUGGUGGCGUCUGCGUGCCCAGCUGCAAAAGGAGCUGAGUGCCCCGAAAAGUGUGAGGAACUUCGUCUGCCAAGUGGAUGGAGUGUCCAAGGAGUUCCUCAGAUUCCUACAAGAGUCGCGGGAGCGAGAUGCCAUCGACAUGCUGCCCAAACUCACCCGAUUGAAUUUGGAAUUAACCUGCCUGCUAGUUUUUGGAGCCCGUCUGCAGUCGUUUUCUCCCGAGGAGCAAGAUCCUAGGUCCCGAUCCACCCGCUUGAUGGACGCAGCGGAGACCACCAAUAGCUGCAUCCUGCCCACCGAUCAAGGUCUUCAACUAUGGCGCUUCCUGGAGACCCCCAGCUAUCGGAAACUGAGCCAGGCCCAAUUCUACAUGGAGGGCGUGGCCCUGGAACUGCUGGAGGAGAACAUAAAGAACGGCUCAGUGGGACCCUCACUGAUCUCGGCUUACCUUAAGAAUCCAGAGCUGGAUCGUAGCGAUGUGGUCGGCACCGCUGCCGAUUUGCUCUUGGCUGGCAUCGAUACCACCUCCUAUGCCUCGGCAUUCCUGCUCUAUCACGUGGCCCGGAAUCCGGAGGUCCAACAGCGACUCUACGAGGAGGCCAAAAGAGUGCUUCCCAAUCCCAAGGAGCAGCUGUCUAUGGAUGCCCUCAGAACGGACAUCACAUAUACGAGGGCUGUCCUCAAGGAAUCCCUGCGCUUGAAUCCCAUCGCCGUGGGAGUGGGUAGAAUACUUAACCAGGAUGCGGUCUUCAGUGGUUACUUUGUUCCCAAGGGGACCACUGUGGUGACCCAAAACAUGGUGGCCUGCCGCUUGGAACAGCACUUCCGGGAUCCGCUUCGCUUUCAGCCGGAUCGGUGGCUCCAGCACCGGAGCGCCCUAAAUCCCUAUCUAGUUUUACCCUUUGGCCAUGGAAUGCGGGCCUGCAUUGCCCGUCGUUUGGCCGAGCAGAAUAUGCACAUACUGCUCCUCAGGCUGCUGCGUGAAUACGAAUUGAUUUGGAGCGGAUCUGAGGCAGAGCUGGAUGUCAAGACCCUGCUAAUAAAUAAACCUGAUGCUCCAGUGCUGAUUGAGCUGCGAUCGCGUACCGAAUAAGUUUUAGAUAUAAUAGAUACCAGAGGAAAGAGACUGAGAGACAACAGACUUGUGUAUCACUUUUAAAUAAUUCGUUUAUUAAUUAUAUUAAAUUAGUUUAUAAUUAUAGUAAGUGUAAA